AUGACCAUGUCGGUGCAUGUGGUUGUCAAGAACAUAGCCGGGGAGGAUGUCGUGGGCCAGCUGCAGUUUGCAGAUCCUCCGUCGGUGGACGAGCUGCGCAAGAGAGCUGCAGAAAGAGUUCCGGGCUCUCGGUUUCAGCUGCUUCGUGGCUCCUCUGUCUUGAAAGAAGAUGAGACGGUCUCUGGCGGGACCGUGGAGCGCCCGGUCCUGCUGACUCUGGUUAUCUUGCCUGCUGCCGGUGCAGAUGGGGGAGCGGAGGUCCGUCCUCUUGUCCUGGAGGACCCCAUUCACGAGCAAAUGGAUAUCUUGGUACAUGACAUGCGAACUGGCGAGAACUCUUUGCUGCCUCUUCAUUACUUUCUGGCUGCAGACGGAAAGGCGCACUUGGGGGUACUUGCCUCAGAGGCUGCUCAGAUGGUGGGUGCCGAUCCGCUAGCUUUUGCUUCCCUCGCCACAGUUUCUGCAGUCUUCCCCGGUGAAGAACAAACGCAGGCGGCUCAAAACGAUUCGGUGGAGCUGUGGGAGGUCAUUGGUGGAGCUGCACGCGAUGGCAUCUUGGUCAGAACUGGCUGGUCUUUGAGCUCCACGGAGCUUUCGGAACGGCUGGCCAAGGGAGCCAUCAUCCAGCAGAAAGACAUCCGUGGGGACCGCCUCCUUUACGCCAAGGUCUCCGGCUCCGGGCCCCAGGAGGGAUGGGUCUCGCUGCGCUCGCGCGGGCGCGGGCUCCUGGCGAAGAGGGCGGCAAAGAAGGAGCCACACCGGGCGGUGGUGAAACUCCUGCACCUCCACACGGCCUUGGCGACAGCCUCUUCCGACUGGAAGAGGAGGCACCCGGUGGUAGAGCUCAUCCAGGAGAUCUGCAGCCGCUUGGAGUAUCUGGCCCUGACUGCCUUGCCUACCGAUCCCAGAGCACAGGAGGCCUUCACCGAAGUCCGGGAUCAGUUCUCCGGACUCUGGCUGCGCAAGGUGCUGUGA